CCUCCCGCGGCGUCCAUGGACUUCCGAGCCGCCCGCAGAUCCGGCAGCAGGAAAAGCGACCUCACAUCUGCAUCAGACCUGAAUGUAGCCCUGGAUGAAUGUAUGACGGCUAUGGAUUUAUUUCUAAGCAACAAAUUUCCUGAGGCCCUUGCUUCCCUACAAGCGAAAACUAAGGACAGUAUGUAUCAUGCACUGACAUAUGCCACUAUACUGGAAAUGCAAGCCAUGAUGACCUUUGAUGCCCAGGACAUGCUGAAUGCAGGAAACACCAUGAAAGAAGCUCAAGCCACCUGUCAAAAGUUUAGGAAGAAAUUGACUGUAGCUGAUUCCUUUAACAACCUUGUGCAUAGACAAAAUCUCGAACACUUUACUGAAGAGGAAAUUCAUGCAGAAAUUUGCUACGCUGAAUGCUUGCUUCAGAGAGCAGCUCUCACAUUCCUGCAGGAUGAGAACAUGGUUAGUUUCAUCAAAGGAGGCAUCAAAGUCAGGAACAGUUAUCAGACAUAUAGGGAACUGGACAGUCUUAUACAGUCUCCAAACUAUGUUAAAGGAAAGAACUAUCUCCAUUUUGAAGGAGGUGUAAAACUUGGCGUUGGAGCUUUCAACCUGACAUUGUCCAUGUUCCCAACAAGGAUUCUACGAUUACUGGAGUUUGUUGGGUUUUCUGGAAGCAAGGAGUAUGGCCUGUUGCAGCUUCAAGAGGGAGCGUUGAUGUACAGCUUUAGGUCGGUGCUGUGUACCAUGCUGCUGCUGUGCUAUCAUACCUUCAUGACCUUUGUGUUAGGGACAGGGAAAGGAAACGUUGAAGAAGCAGAAAGGCUACUCAAGCCUUACUUGGCUCGCUAUCCAAAAGGAGCCAUAUUCCUGUUUUUUGCGGGCAGGAUAGAAGCAAUAAAAGGCAAUAUUGAUACAGCAGUUAGUAGGUUUGAGGAAUGCUGUGAGGCCCAGCAGCACUGGAAGCAGUUUCAUCACAUGUGUUACUGGGAACUAAUGUGGUGCUUCACCUACAAGCGCCAGUGGAGGAUGGCCUAUUUCUAUGCGGAUCUGCUAAGCAAAGAAAACAAUUGGUCAAAGGUUACCUAUAUUUACAUGAAAGCUGCCUAUCUCAGUAUGUUUGGCCCAGAUGAUCACAGACCCUUUGGGGAUAAUGAAGUGGAACUGUUUAGGAUCGUGCCUAGUUUGAAACUGAAAAUUGCAGGGAAGUCACUGCCUACAGAGAAGUUUGCCAUUCGGAAAUCUCGGAGAUACCUUCCCUCAAACCUGGUCCCUUUGCCUGUGCCUGCUUUGGAAAUGAUGUAUAUUUGGAAUGGCUAUGCUGUGCUUGGAAAAUGUCCUGAUUUAACAGAAGGCAUGUUGCAGACAUUAACAGAGGCAGAAGCAGCUCUGGAAAGAAGCCCAGCUACAGAAUUACUAGCAGAUGACCAAUGUUUGGUAAAGCUGUUAAAGGGUUUAUGUCUGAAGCACUUGGGCAAGAUUUCUGAGGCAGAAGAUCAUUUCAUUUAUAUCCAUUUAAAUGAGAGGAAGAUAAAGUAUGACCAUUAUUUAAUUCCAAAUGCCCUGCUUGAACUUGCUGUACUAUAUAUGGACCAUGGUAGAAGAGAAGAAGGAGUAAAGUUACUGGAAAGAGCCAAACAAAAUUACAAGAAUUACUCCAUGGAAACAAGAACACAUUUCAGAAUUCAAGCUGCCUUGCACCAAGCCAAAUCUGUCUCAGAAAAUGGAAUACAUUCUGGAGCUUCAGCAGUGUCAUAACCUUUUCUUCUUUGAUGUCUUUGCAUAUGUUGAACAAGAAAUGCCAUGAAAAUCAACACCAUCUCUAUGCUGUGCAGAAAAGUGAACAAUCCUCUGGAGUCCAGCUAAAAGUCCAUCUCUCAGGAGUCCUGCAGAACAAUUUCUUAACAUUUUGCUACCUUGCAGCAAAAGGAGUAGUCCCCUUAAGAUGCAGGUGUUAGCUAUGGAUCACCUGGAAGAUGUAGUGGGAAAAAACAAUGUACUGUAGUUUCACUCGUUUUCUCUCGCUCACGCACUCUCUCACAUUGUCCAAGGGACAGGGAGGGAAACAUCUCUGUAAUGCAUGAUCAGCUUUCCUAAUACUUUGGAGAGAUGAUAGUAUAAAUGAAACUGGCUCGCAUCUAGUCACAUUAAUAGACAUACCUGCUCUGUUAGAGAAUAAUAAAAGAGUAAUAUAUGUUUGGAAGGUAUCAAUAUUUUAAAUAAAUCUUUAACUUUUGGAAAUACUGUGCUUCUAGAAUUGCUUUACAACAAAAAAUGCAGAAACAAACAACGAAAAAUAGCCUCACACAUCUCUUGUGUUAAACAGCUGUUCAGUAACUCCUGUUGCACUAAGAUUUAUCAACAGAAACAGCUAAAGAAAUCUGCAUUCCAUUUUGGUAAAAAUUUUGUGGGAUUUCCUUCUCCAGUCAGGAAUAUUUCUGCAGGAUUGGGAUAAUUCCAUUAUAUUCUGUUCUCUAUGAACCUACUCCUGCAUAUUACUAGCUGGCACUGUAAGGGAGGGAUAGCUCAGUGGUUUGAGCAUUGGCCUGCUAAACCCAGGAUUGGGAGCUCAA